GAAAGGAAAGACUGCAGGAGUGCAACUCCGGACAGAUUUACCGGUAACACCAGCUGGAUACAUGUGAGUGACAGUGUUGUCGUGGAUACAGAGAGAUGCAGCGGCUUUACGUUGGUGGGUUGAGCCACACAAUCACUCAGAAGGAUCUCAAGGAUCGGUUUGGAAAAUUUGGACAAGUGGAGGAUGUGGAGCUCCGGACCAGGAAGGACGACGAAGGUGUUCCUUACAAAACCUUCAGCUAUAUUAACAUCAACAUUACAGACGCUGACCUAAAGAAAUGUAUGACGGUGCUGAACAAAUCCAAAUGGAAAGGAGGAACUCUGCAGAUAGAAACGGCUAAGGAGAGUUUCCUGCACAGACUGGCUGAGGAGCGGCAGACGGCAGAGCAGCAGCGCCUCCUGCCGCCUGCAGCAGAGGACCAGAAGCAGAAGAUGCUGGACUCCCUGAGCAAAGCCGGCGUGGAAAACUUUACCAUGAAGGCAGCGGUGCCGGGGACAGAAGUACCAGGACACGAGGACUGGGUGGUGAGUAAAUUUGGACGUGUGCUGCCUGUGCUGCAGCUCAAGUGUCAGAAAGGCAGCCGAGCUCGAACCCUGAAGUACGACCCGUCCAAAUACAGCCACAACAUCCGCAAGCUGGACCGCCCCUCCGCAGACCAGUCCGCCUCAGACCUGCCCACCCCGGUGAGUCAGCUGACCUGGGAGCUGCAGGGGGGCGAUGACGACAUCAGCAAGAAGAGGCGCGGAGAGUUUCCCGCAUACGAGCCGCCGAAACGCAAGAUGAGCCGGACAGACGCGGUCAACUCACUGAAAGCUGAGGGCAAACCCAGACUGAAGCAGAGCGUUGACUCUGCCGCUCUCACAGAGGCUCCUCAGGUCACCAACGGGCAUAAACCCCCCAGCACAGUCAGACCAGCUCAGAUGAAGGGGCCAUCUCUUACUCUCAGUGACAUCGAUUCAGACGACGAGAUCCACAGAAUAGUGGCAGUCCAGAGCUCCUCCCAUAAUGCACUACAGCAGGAAGAGGACGAGGAUAAGCUCGAAGUGGUUGGACUGGAUUAUUUGGUGACGCCGGGCCGUGCUCGUCAGCAGCAGAAAGGAGGUGAUGAAGAGGAGAAUGACUACGACUCUGCAGACACAGAUGAACUGUUGGCCUCCAGGAAACCUCCUCCUCGUUCUUCUUCUCCUCCUCCCCAGGAGAGACCGACCCUCACUGCAGGAAACAUCUCUGGGAGCAACACAGACAGGAAGAGAAAGACCAAGAAGAAAAGUAAAGCUGAAGAGGGAGAUUCAACAGAUGCUGAAGAACCCUCCACACAGAAGAGAAGGGAUGCUGGGAAAUUAAGUUCUCAGAAACAAAGUAACAAGAUGAAAGUCCUCCCUGUUGUAAAACCAUCUUCCUCAGAAUCAGAAAGUGAUGAUGAGGAGGAGGAGGAGGAGGAGGAGGAGGAGGAGGACUGUGAAUCCGCUGAUUCCAGUUCAGAUUCUGAUUAUGAAGCCAUGUUCUCUAACGUCACUCGUCUGGAGAUCUCCCUGGCUGAUCUGCAGAAGCUAGCUGAAGAAUUCCAGGAUACUUCUGAGACUACAACUCCCAGCAGCCUCAGCGUCUCUGAACAAGAAACUAAGCCCCCAAAGAAGGGCACCACGCCGGAGGAGAUCCUCGCCGCCCUCAUGGAGGACGACAGCAGCGAGGAGGAGGAGCAGCAGCCAAAGAAGAAAAAGAAAAGGAAAGCAGACCCUACAACCCAGCUGCUGCCGGCCUUCAAGGGGACGAAGGCGCUGAACGAGGGGUCGGAAACAGAAGAGGAGGGAGAAGGAACUGAGUUAAAAAAACUAAAGAUGGACCACAAAGCAACUAGCAGCAAAAUGAAUGGACAGAAACACACAGAAACCGAGAGCAGUGAGGAUGAGGAGGAUGAGGAAGAAAAACCGAAGAAAAAGGAGGAAGUGGUGAAGAACAUGACUGAGAAAGCUGAAUCAGUUUCCUCCUCCAGCAGUGAUGAGGAGGAACAGGAGGAACAGGAGAACAAGGGGAAGGUGUUCAAAACCAUGGCUAAAAAAGCUCAGAAAGAGUCCUCCUCUAGCAGCGAUGAGGAUGAAGAGGAAGAGGAGGUGCCAAAGGCAAAUCAGACUGUUCUUACAUCUAAAGCUGCAGCAGCUUCAUCCUCCAGCUCCUCUGAAGAAGAAGACGAGGACGAGAUCCUUCCUGCUAAAGAUGCAGGGAAAGCAGCACCUCCCCCUGCUCCUCACAGUGAGUCCUCCUCCAGCGAGGAAGAGGAGGAGGAGGAGAAGCAGGCUCCUCUCCGGGUCCCGUUAGGAGCUAAGGAGGAAGAGGAGCGCCAGAGGAAGGCCAACAUCAGGAGGCUGGCAGCUGUCCAGCAAAGGCAGAAAGAGACGGAGGAGAACAAGAAGCUGAUCCAGGGAGCGCUGGCCAACCUGGUGAGGAGAGCCGGGCCGUCCUCUGCUCUUCAGGGGGCUGCUUGAGGCUUGAGUCAGAACGGGUUGAGGUCUAGAAUA